CGCACAGGGCCCACCCUGCUCGGUGUUGGGCGGAGAGAGAGAGAGAGAGAGACCGCUGGUUGCCCGCCCGUUAGUCAGUCAACCGGAGAGCGAGGGAGAGGGCCACGGCCGCUGGUCAGUGUCACUGAGCACGCUGAGAAGAAAUAGAAAUGGCAGAACAGGAGCCAACCCCAGAACAACUGGCUGCCAUUGCUGCUGAGAAUCUGGAAGAAGAAAGUACAGUGACUUACAAAGCGCCAGCGCAAAAGAGUCUUCAAGAGAUUGAGGAACUGGAUAAAGAUGAUGAGAGUCUCAGGAAGUACAAAGAAACACUGCUGGGAAACCGUACAAAAAUUGUUGAUCCCAAUGUUCCAAAUGUUCAAGUGACUCGAUUAACACUGGUGUGUGCAGCUGCACCUCAAUGCUUAGUGUUGGAUUUAACAGGUGACGUUGACAAAUUAAAAAAACAUACUUUUGUGCUGAAAGAGGGUGUUGAAUACAAAAUAAAAAUCAACUUCAAGGUUAACAAGGAAAUAGUCUCUGGACUGAAGUAUGUUCAGACAAUGGCAAGGAAAGGAAUCACGAUUGAUAAAACUGAAUACAUGGUGGGGAGCUAUGGUCCACGUGACUGCGAAUAUGAGUUCCUUACAACACAGGAAGAUGCACCCAAAGGAAUGCUCGUGAGGGGCACCUAUACUAUCAAAUCCCUUUUCACAGAUGAUGACAAGCAUAACCACCUCACCUGGGAGUGGCAGCUCAACAUAAAGAAGGAAUGGAAAGAUUAAUCAACACAAGACCAGCUGUAGUCCAUCUGACAGAGGAAACAUAAAAAUACACCACCUGUACCAAAGUAAUCUUUUUUGAAAAGGAACAAAAAAAUGCGAGAUUUAUACUGCACAGCGAGAUCAUUGGCAAAAGAAAAUCAAAUCCUGUUUUUGUAAGGCACAGGUCAGAGGCACGGCUACAUAUUUCAUUCCCCAGUCUCAUUUUAGUUUGCUUUUUUUCCUUCCAGCAGCUGCCUUUUGUGGGGGAUGGGGAGGGUGGGACUGCAGUAUGUUGCUUUAAAAGAGGAAGCAAUGAGUCAGUUAGACUUGGCUUGAGGUCUUGACAUUCUGCAGUGGAGCUUUGACCACUUCUUAUCUAUUACUGAAGCGCAAUGCUAAGCUUGGAAAUUUAGAUGAUCAUAAUGUUUCAACCAGGCAAAAGAAUAUAAUGUAAAUUUGUUAGAGGCAGUUCUUUCUCUGAAUUUAAAAAAAAACUUGUAAUUUUUAUUGUGUAACCAUGUUGCCUUAUAUAUGCUAAAAUUGUUUUUGAAAAAAAAUCAUAGAAUUUCUUAGUCAAGGUCUUUAUACUAGUAGCAUGAAUCCAGAAACCAUUAUGUCUUACUAGGUGCUUGUGGUUGUGAUCACAUUGCACUGCAGCUAGUCUGAUCAAUGCUGGCAUUUCUGAUGUGAAUGCACAUCUAUUAAAAGUAGUAUUUCAGAUGUACACAACUGAGUAUUGAAGGCCUAUGGUUUAGAGAGAAUUUUGUGCUGUCUAGGCAUGUUAAAGCAGACGGAAUCAUGUAUAGUUUAUCAAGUAACAGGUGUUAAGUGGAACUGCCUGACCAUGAAAUGUCAGCAGUGAAUGAAGUGUCAGCCAAAAAGAUAAAGGAGCAUUGCUUCAAAUUGUUGGAAAAGGGAUGGUGGAACUCGCGUUAUGCCUCUUUGUAUUUUGUGCCUCAUAUCAAUCUGUGUCAGUAUUCCAUUUCUGGAUUCUCUACACUACCAUCUGGCUAAUUUUAGUUGAAUAGUUUCAUUUUUAAAAUGUGGCAUAUUCAAUGAAGUGUUCUAAGCAGCCACCAGCAUCUAUCAUUGGAAGCUUUUAGCCAUUGAGGUUAGAACUGGGACCAAAUGUGAUUUUACCUGUCUGUCUUGCCAUAUCCCCUGCUCUUCCCCAUAUACAAUAAUGGAUUUUUUUAUGUUCUCUUGUGACUCCUGUGUAGACUGGAUAUUAACAGGUUAAAAAACCGUACCCACAUUUUCACUGCAAAUAUAAUAAAAUAUUCAGACUAAA